CAGUCCCCAAAGAUCACCGACAAGAUGGAUGAAAAGAUUUCGCUUUAGUCGAUCUUCUCCCUUGUCUCCAUCUUUCUCUUUAUUUCUCCAAUUGAGAUAUAGUUCCUGUUUGAAUGUACUAAAGUGUGACUUGAAGCAAGACGUAGAUUUUCCCGGAAUCUACUUUCGUCUCUCGGGCCCCGCCCACUCCCGGGCCCCGCCCACUCCCGGGCCCCGCCCACGCCGCUCACACACCGUCGAGGGACACGCCCAGCUGCUUGUCUCUCGCUGGUGCCAGACUCUCUAUUUUUUCCCGCCAUUUCCAGCUCUUCUUGAGAGCUGGUUGAUUUCGGUGAGAUCCGAGGCCCUCCGGGAUCACUGCGGUCAAACAGAAUGGAUUGGUUUCACUGCAACCGAUGUUUCCGAAAAGAUGGGGCCCAUUUCUUUGUCACCAACUGUGGCCAUAUUUUCUGUAAAAAAUGUGUGAUUCUGGAAAAAUGUGCUGUUUGUGGAACUGCCUGCAAAUAUCUGGCUCUUUCUGAUAAUCUGAAACCUCAGGAGAAGAUGUACUUCAGAAACCCUGUGGAGACUGCUUUGCAGUACUUUAGUCACAUCUCUCAGGUGUGGAGUUUCCAGAAGAAACAAACAGAUCUCCUCAUCGCCUUUUAUAAGCACAGAAUUACAGAGUUAGAAGCAGCCAUGCAGGAGUCACAGCAAACACUGACCAACCAGGACAAAGAGCUGUCAGUCUUAAGGAAAGAGAAUGGAGAACUGAAGAAAUUUCAAGCCAUCAUGAAGGAAUCUCCAAGUUGGUACCAAGGAAGCAGGUUAAACACACCUCGACCAGUGGGCAUCACUUCUCCAUCUCAGUCAGUUACUCCACGACCCAUUUCUCAGCAUAGUAGCCAAGUGGUCAGUCGGUCCUCCUCAGUGGAGUCUACCCCUUAUAGAAUGGCUGGCUUUAGUAACUUGGGACAAGGAGCCAGAGGUCUUCAGGGAAGGAGCACUCCAAGGGAUUCUUUUACUGUAACGCCUUCACCAGCUUCUACUCACAGCCUAUCUUAUAGAGCUUCAUCUACCUCCUCUGGACAGGGGGUCUUUGCUUUCAGACCGUCUCUAAAUAGUGGGGAUUCAGGUCACACAAGAGUCUUCACCCCUAAUAAUUCAGGUCAGAGGCAGAACAGAACCACACUGGAGAGCCUUCCUAGUUUCCAGCUACCAGUCCUACAGAAUCUCUACCGACAGAGGCAGAUGGGAUUAGCCAGAGGGAGAGAAGCAUGGAACACUCCCAGAUAGACCACCUUCAAGGUCUCACCUAUGCAUACUGCUGAAGUAUGGACAGAGGCACCUCAUACUCACU